AAAAAUAAUCAUUCUAGGGUUCCCAAAUCUAAUCGCCAUCAUCGGCGACCAGAGAGAUUCCAAUCCACAAUUUUACAGCUCUAUACUUCCUCACUAUUCCAUCAUCAUUAUCUGUAUUCAAUCGAUUCAGCUACGCCUCGUCGAGGAUCUUCGCUCAACUCCCGCACCUCAAUCCCCACCGCAACCCACACCUCCGACCACAUCACGAAUCGCAAGGAAGUUGCUCAACUUCGCGCCUUCUAAUUUGAAUCUCCCUUUUCCAGAAGCCCUAGAAAUUUUGUCUAGAAUUUAGUUGCACACUCCUCCAUCUCUUAGAUUUAGAUUUGACGCUUUGACCUACAUACAUGUAGCUUCUAGGGUUUUGUAGUUUCUAGCAACUACUUAUCCAAGUUCGGGAAAUUUGCAAAAUAUAUUGGGGGUUAUUGUUAGCUGUGUAAUAGAUUUUAUUGUUUUGCUUCAUGGCAAUUUAUUUUUAAUUGAUUAGAGCAUAUAAUUUCGAAAUGGAUGGAUACGAAGGCAGCGGCAGUGUUAGCGAUUCAUCCAAGCUUCAGGAUCUUAAACCUUUUGGCUCAGCCCCAACAGGGGGUGCACUGUUUGAUGCGUCACAAUAUGCAUUUUUUGGCAAUGAUGUUGUGGAUGAAGUUGAGUUAGGGGGACUAGAAGAUGAAGAAGAUGAUGUUGCUCCAGUUGCGUUUGAGGAAGAGGACUUUAUAUUUGAGGGGGAACAGGGAGGUGGGUUGGGAUCUCUGGCUGAAAUUAGUGAUCUUUCAAAUACAUUUUCGAAGUUGAACAAUGUUGUCAGUGGGCCAAAAAGUGCAGGAGUUCGUCCAGACUGGGAUCCCAGAGAAACAGGUUCCUCUGCUGUUGAGUGGGUGCAAGGGCCAGACAACACUAACUGGCUCGAUCGGCGUAACUUUAAUGUUGAAACCACUCAUGAAACGGGUCAAUUGUCCUCACAACCUUAUUCCUCUUUCCGGAUCAUGGAAUCCAAGUCAUUGCACAGAACAUCAUCAUACCCUGAACAGCAGCAACAGCAGCAGCAGCACCCAUAUGAACCACAAAAUCUACAUCAUAACUAUUCCAGCGAACCGAAUCUUAUUCAAAAACCACCAUUUACUUCAUAUCCACCACCUGGUCAGUCCAACCAUCCUAAUCAUGCGAACCACUCUAGUGGCCACCAAUUGCCUAUUUCUUCAUCCAAUCCUUCACCAUACAAUAAUACUCAGCAUCAAUUGACUGGCUUGUCUCCUGGGGCCCAAUUUGGUGGAAACUUACCUCAGUUACCUCAUGAUUUGCCUGUCAAUGGUCGACUUCAGAACCAAUGGGCGAAUCAGAAUAGUUAUCCUGGUGAUCGUCCUCUCCUCCCGGGCAAUGUUGCUACUCAGCAGCUAUCCCAUCCAAAUGGCUUAAUGCGCUCACAGUUGAUGCCUCCCCAGCAUGCUCAGCAAAUCAGAAGUCAGCAUCCAUUUCCACCAUCAUAUGGUCAUCCAUCAGGGUUGCAGUCUCAACUAUUCAAUACCCGGCUUUCUUCUUCACCACCUAUGCUGAACAACUUUGACGUACAUGGGUUCCCUGAUUUGAGAGAUCAAAGAGCUAUGCUGAUGCCGAGAGGUAGACAAGGAAUGCGCUAUCCUCAUCAGGGCCCAGAUUUUGGUAACCAGAGGGGUAAUACUAGCUGGCCGAGGUUUAAGUCGAAGCACAUGAGUGCAGAUGAACUCGAGAAUAUUCUCAGAGUACAGCUUGCUGCUACCCAUAGCAAUGAUCCAUAUAUUGAAGAUUACUAUUAUCAAGCUUGUCUAGCUAGAAAAUCUGCCGGUGCUAAACUGAGGCACCAUUUUUGCCCAACUAAUUUGGUGGAUGGUUCUUCGAGGGCCCGUGCAAGUGAUGAGCCACAUGCUUUUCUCAAGGUUGAUGCUCUUGGAAGGGUUAAUUUCUCCUCAAUACGCAGGCCUCGCCCACUUCUAGAAGUUGACUCCCAAUUAUCAAGUGGGGCUGGUGGUGAAACAAAACCAGUUGAGAAGCCUUUGGAGCAGGAGCCUAUGCUUGCAGCUAGGGUGACUAUUGAAGAUGGCAUUUGCCUACUACUUGAUAUUGAUGAUAUUGACAGGUUUAUGCAGUUUAAUCAGUUACCAGAUGGUGGGGCGCAGCUGAAACAAAGGAAGCAAAUUCUGCUUGAGGAAAUUGCAUCAUCAUUCCAUCUGAUUGACCCACUUGGGAAUAAUGGCAAUGCUGUGAAUUUGUCAUCCAAGGAUGACCUUGUUUUCUUGAGAUUAGUUUCUCUUCCAAAGGGUAGGAAGCUUCUUUUAAGGUAUCUUCAACUUCUUUUUCCCGGCGAUCUUGCUCGAGCUGUCUGUAUGGCCAUAUUCCGAAAUUUGAGGUUCUUUUUUGGAAAUCUUUCUCCUGAUCCUGGUGCAUCCAUGACAACUGAAAACCUUGUGAAGACUAUAUCUGCUUGUAUCCAUGGUAUGGAGCUCAAAGCACUUGCAGCCUGUCUUGCAUCAGUGGUCUGUUCAGCUGAGCAUCCUCCUUUGCGUCCAGUAGGGAGUCCUGCUGGAGAUGGGGCUUCGGUCCUUCUUAAAUCUGUUCUUGAGAGGGCAACUGAGCUUAUGACGAACCCCCAUGCUGCUGAUAGUUGCAGCAUUUCUAACAGGGCUUUCUGGCAGGCCUCUUUUGAUGCGUUCUUCAGCCUUCUUACAAAGUACUGUUUCAAUAAAUAUGACUCUAUUGUGCAAUCCUUCCUCAGCCAGGGCUCACCAGACACAGUUGCCAUUGGGGCUGAUGUAGCCAAAGCAAUUAGCAGAGAAAUGCCAGUUGAUCUCUUACGUGCAAGCCUCCCCCACACAAGCGACCAGCAGAGAAAACUGCUACUGGAAUUUGUGAAGCGGUCUAUGCCUGUGGGUGGUCUGAGUGGAGGAAGUGGUAGCUCAUGAUCACCCGUGUACCUCUCUUUUGGCAGGUACCCUAUCAGAUGACCCUCAAGUGUUACAAACCACUUGCCGCACCCUUGAAAUGAAUUCUAUUGGCAUUUUUGAAUGUAUAAAUUUGAACUUGGCUAAGGUUGGUCAAGCAAGUCACCUCCAUCAGCUCUAAGCUGGAAAGAUGCUCGUCAUCCAAGUUGGUUUUGUUUUGCAAUGAGUUUCACCAUCUCUCAUUGUACCGGUGCAUGGUGGGAUGAAAUUCUAAGUUGGCUCUCUGUGGACUGUAUUUUAUCGUCCUCUUUUUUCGUUUUACUCAAUAGCUUACAUUUGUCGCUCUGUUGUGCAAAUCGUGAAUGGCUUUUAGAGUUAGAAUUGUAAAGUUGGAAAAAAACAUGUUGUUCCUUACUCCUGAGCUUUUACAUCUCAAAUAGGGGUGGGGAAAGUAUCUGCUGUACUUCACCUAUGUUAAGUGAGCUUGCUCUUCUGUUUUUCGUCGAAUAUGAACUGGCUAAUAAUUUCUCUUUGAGACUUCUGA